AUGGCUUUCCAACUCCCUCAAUUUCUCACACGCUUCCUGCGGCCCUUGACAACGUCAGCAUCGUUACCCCUACAGCCCGAUUCAUUGGCGGCCUUGCAAUUCCCUCCUAGCUCCCAACGUGCGAUAUUCGCAGGCGGAUGUUUCUGGGGACUGGAGGAAUUAUAUCGUCAGGAUUGGGGCCACGGGAAAGGCCUCCUUGACUGCAGAGUCGGAUACACAGGCGGCAAAACUGAGGCUCCAAGUUAUUACGACGUCUGCUCGGGGCGGACAGGGCAUGCUGAGUCCCUGUUGAUAGUGUUUGACCCUGACAAGGUCACCUACCGCCAGUUGGUGGAAUAUUUUUUCAAGAUGCACGAUCCAACAACGCUCAACCGUCAAGGCGCGGACACCGGUACCCAAUAUCGUUCAGCCAUUUUCGCUGAAUCGGACGAGCAAUUGAAGAUUGCAGAGGAAAUCAAAGAAAAGGUGGGCGCCCAGUGGUAUAAGGGCAAACCCAUUACGACCGAGAUUUUGAAAGCAACUCAGUGGUAUGACGCAGAGGAAAAACACCAGAAAUAUCUUAUCAAAUUUGACGAAGGCUAUCACUGCCCGGCGCAUUUCGUGCGACCUUUACCAGCUUUAAUGUAA